AUGAACAGCUACAAACCCGAAAACGAAAACCCCGUGUUGUACAACUACAAGGAAGACGAGGAAAACCACCAUAUCCUUAACGAGCAAACGAUAAAGGAGCACUUAUAUAACCCAAGCGACUUGUGCAACCUAAACUAUGAUGAAGAUAAAAUAAGUGUAGACGAAAUUUAUGAUAUGCUAAGGGACAUAAAAGACCCCGAAUAUUCCUACACAUUAGAAAAUUUAAAAAUUAUUGAGAAGAAAAACAUAUAUGUAAAUCUGCAAGAAAAAAAUGUCACUGUUUAUUUUACUCCAACCAUUCCGAACUGUUCCCUAGCUACACUAAUCGGUUUAAUGAUAAGUAUAAAAUUACAAUUCUCUCUAUCCAACUGUUUCAAAAUAAAUAUAUACAUAUUCCCAGGGUCUCACAAUUCUGAGCAUUCCAUAAAUAAACAACUGAACGACAAGGAAAGAAUCGCAGCGGCGAUUGAAAAUUCACACUUGUUCAAUGUCAUCAAGAGUAGCAUCACAUACAACUACCCGGUCUGCCACCUCUCCAAAAUGACCUUCCAUUUUAACGUAUAA